AACUGCUGCUACAACGGUUUUACUCCAGAAAUAUCAUUUAUUUGUAAACAAAUAAUAAGUUCAUUACAAACAAUAACGAAAUACGACUAUUUGACAGAGAAGUUCUUGUUAAUAUAGUUUAUUGAAUGUAAAUAUGUAGUAAUACCCGUUUUUGUUUCAAAAAUUCACCAGCUUCAGAUCAUAUAAGUCAAGCAGAAAUAUAAUUAUACUUGAAUUGAAAUCAUUACUUGAAAACGAAAGCUUCAGAUUUAAUUUCAACAUAUCUUUUAGUUUAUUAAGUGUUUUACUAAUUGAAUAACUGAUUAUUUAUUUUCUAAGUAUUGAUAUAUCGACUUUGAAGUAAUAUAAUUAUCCUGUGAGUGUAAAGAAAAGAAAUAUAACAAUGUUUACAUCAAUUUCGAACCCGACAUUGUCGAGUAAUGCUGAAAAUAUUAUGUCAUCACGAUCAGCAAAAGCUGUGAAUGGAAAACCCAAAGGGUUAUCAAUAAGGUCAGAAUCAGAUCGAAAUAUUUCUUGUUCUGGCUUUAAAAAUUUAGAAACUCCAAAAAAAGAUUCGACGUCCAAGACUUUGAAAGUUAUUCGGGAAAAACAGAAAAGCGGGCUUUCACCAGUAUCAAAAUCACCUCAUUCUUUUGGUAGAAAGAAGUUUGGUGAAGAAUUUAUAUUCAAGAAACCUAGUACUCCGAUUCCACUUGGCAAAAAAAAUAUUAUUAAAGAGCCAGAAACUUUAGCUGGAGGUUAUUAUGAUCAGGAAAAAGAAUUUAAUCAAAAUUUAGAUAACGUUGGACUAGAUAAAGAAUUUACGGCAUUAAUCUUAUCUCGUAUUAAUUGCACUAUUAAGCCGUUUGAAGAUGAUUGCUUAUCCGAGCCUGAAAUAUUGGAUACACCAGAAGUCGUUGAUCAUCUGAAAAAUAUUUUUGAUUUCUCAAAAUGUUCUCCAAAGAAGAUUAAUGGUCCAGAAUUACCAGAACUAUCUCCUCUAUAAAUGAAUACUUUAAAUAUUUAAAGAAUAUUUUUUUACUGCUUAAAUCAUAAGUGUUAUUAAUCAAUUUGUGAAAUAUUUUAAGGUUUUUUAUAUUCAUGAUUAUUUAUUUGUAGUUUUGUAAUAAAAUGA